UGUGUUUCUGGCAACGUUAUUAUGGGAGCGGCUUGGGAGGGGGACAAAAGGGCAUUACGGUCUGAUAAUUUGAUUUCCUGUCUUCCUUCCCCCCCAAUAUAGUGUUAUUGACAUUUGCAAAUCCUAAUUCUUUCCUUAGGCUAUAAUGAAGGUAAUUUGAACCUUCAAGGAAGCCUUAAACUCAUUUCUCCCUAACAAACAAAAAAAAUCUCCAAGCCAUUCAAAAAUGAGCCGUCAAAAUCUUAAAUUAGCAUCCGAUAAAUUAUUUCCUCUCUUCUGGUUCUUUGAACCCGAUAGAAACGUAAUUUGUGGCCAAAUGCUAUGUUUUAUCUGCUUUUAAAAGUUAAAUUUUUUUGGAAAUUAAUGGUAAUUAUUUCUUCAUUUUAUAGGUUUCCUUUGAUCUUGAGACACCGUUGAACAUCGUGAAACAAAGAAAAAUUGCCCCACAGUUGAGCCUCUGAGACGACACAAAAAAGCCAUCUACAUUUCUGAUCGUCUGUAUUGGGAAGCUGUUAAAAUUCUUUAUGAUCUGAAGGAGAACAACUGCCACUAAAAACAUAAAAACCAAAAUUAAUAUUUAGCAACAACUUUCCCUGAUGCUUUUUUUUUAAUCAAGCAACUUUUUAUUGCAAAAGGUUGCUUUUUUUUUUUAAAAUGAGCAAAGCCAAAUUCAUUUUUUUUCUUUAAAAACACAGCUUUAUCCAAAAAAGCUAAACCUUGAGGCGCUGUCGACGAGAAAAUUAAUUGGAUAUUGUAGUGCUGAAAAAGUACCAGAAUGACAGCUCUGGAGACUGAGGUCCUCUUCACCAAAGCAGGCUGAGCCCAAGUUUCAUCAGUGCAAGUUUUCCUCAACAAUGUAUUGCUGUCUUGCAUAUGGAAGGCCAUGUUGUGGGGUGAAAGGGGAGUUCAGUCUCCAAAGUCCACCUCAUUUGGUCUUUCCAUUACUGGGUGAACUCAUACAGACCUUCAGUAGCAAUUCUUCAGAACUGGAUUGAAGCCACACAAGGACUCUACAAGUCACCACAGAAUUUGCAAACAUGGGUUCUAGACCCAUAGAUCCAAAAGAGCUCCUCAAGGGAUUGGAUUGUUUUCUUGGCAAAGAUGGAGAAGUCAAAAGUCAUGAAGGCAUCACUAAAAUUUUUAAUUUAAUGAAAGAUGCACAGAAGAUGGUCAGUCGUUGCAUCUACUUGAACAUUCUGUUGCAGACCCGAGCACAAGAUAUCCUCUCAAAAUUCAUCAAAGUUGGUGGCUACAAGCUCCUUAACACGUGGCUAACAAGCUCAAAAGCAUCCAGUAAUGUACCCCUUCUCCAGCAGAUUCUACUCACACUCCAACACUUACCUUUGACUGUGGAUCAUCUGAAACAAAACAAUACUGCCAAGUUGGUGAAGCAGCUCAGCAAAACAAGUGACGAUGAAGAACUUCGUCGACUGGCUUCCAUACUGGUGAGCGACUGGAUGGGUGUGAUCCGCUCUCAGAGCAGCUCCCAACCAACAGAGCGAGAAAAGAAAAAACGAAAGGAAGAAAACAGAAGCAAAGUACCCUCUGUACAGGAGAAACCUCAGGAAACCAAAUCAGAAGUGAAGCCUGAGGAGGCUCCUGAAAAGAAGAAAGAAAAACCAAAAUCUCUCCGCACCACAGCACCUAGCCAUGCCAAAUUUCGUUCCACAGGUUUGGAAAUGGAAACACCAUCACUCAUUCCUGUGAAAAAGAACAUAAAUACUGAGGUAGCCCCUGAUAAAUACAGUUUCAAGCCAAUACCACUGAAAAGACACAUUAUAUCAAACCCAGUGGGAGACAACCCACCUGUUGAGAAGAAAUACAAACCCCUCAACACCACACCCAAUGCUACCAAGGAAAUUAAAGUGAAGAUCAUCCCCGCACAGCCUAUGGAAGGAUUAGGCUUCUUGGAUGCCCUAAACUCUGCCCCUGUCCCAGAAAUCAAGAUUAAAAAGAAAAAGAAAGUCCUGUCUCCAACUGCAGCUAAGCCAAGUCCUUUUGAAGGGAAGCCAGUUCCAGAAACCGCUGCUGCCAAGCCAUCUUCACCAGAGCUGAACCCGGCUUCGGAACCCAUGGAUGUGGAUCGACCUGGUACCCCUGUGCCGGCUGUAGAGGUGCCUGAACCUAUGGAGACAAAUUCCUCUGAGCAUGGAGGUUUGUUGGAUUCAAAGUCGACGGAGAGCCCAGCUGAUUCAACCCAGUUGACAAAGAAGGGGAAAAAAAAGAAAACAGUGAGCUGGCCUGAGGAGAAUAAACUGCGGGAGUAUUUCUACUUUGAAUUGGACGAGACAGAAAGAGUCAAUGUAAAUAAGAUCAAGGACUUCGGUGAGGCUGCCAAGCGAGAAAUAAUGUUGGAUCGCCAUGCCUUUGAGACAGCCCGUCGAUUGAGCCAUGAUGCGAUGGAAGAGAAGGUCCCCUGGGUCUACCCAAAGCCUAUUGAUUUGCCUGCUCCACUGGUUCAGCCAGGAAGUGGGAGUCAGGAGAAAUUCACUCAAGCGGAGCGCGAGAAAGGCAUUUUACAGGAGAUCUUUCUCUCGAAAGAGAGUGUUCCUGACAGCCCUCAUGAACCAGACCCAGAGUCCUACGAGCCAGUGCCACCCAAGCUGAUUCCUUUAGAUGAGGAAUGCUCCAUGGAUGAGGCCACCUACGAUGAAAGACUCGACCCAUCCACCGCCUCGCAGUCUCCGGACGGAGCUGGGGGCUCCAAGCUCCCCCCGGUCCUGGCCAACCUCAUGGGCAGCAUGGGGGCAGGCAAGAAUCCGCAGGGCCCCAACCCCAGCUCUUCUUCCAUCAACAUGCAGGAGAUUCUCACCUCCAUCAUGGGUGGCUCAAACAAUCACAAAACAGAAGAGUUGAUGAAGCAGCCAGAUUAUUCUGACAAGAUUAAGCACUUGCUUGGCAAUUUGCAGGGCCAGCCUGGACCAGGUCCUUCAGGAGUCCCACAUGGGCUGCUUGGACCAGGACCUGGCCCAGUCCCCAACGGCUUCCCACCAGGGCCCAAAAAUAUGCAGCACUUCCCUCCUGGAGGGCCAGGGCCUAUGCCUGGACCACAUGGAGGCCCAGGCGGUCCUAACAUGCCCCCCGGCCCUGGUGUGCCCAAUGGACCACGGAUGAUGGGCCCACCUCCUCCCCAGUGUAAUGAUGGAUACUGGGAUCCUCCCGAUGGUGGCAUGCGUGGUGGGCCCCACGGAGGCAUGAGAGGUGGCAGUCCUGGCCCAGGACCCGGACCCGGCCCUUUCCAUCGUGGCCGUGGCGGCAGAGGUGGAGAGCCUCCUUUCCGAGGGCGAGGAGGCGGACGGAGUGGUGGUCCCCCCAAUGGUAGGGGGGGCCCUCCCAACAACAGCAUGGGCGGUGGCCAUGGAGGGGGACACGGCAGCGGUGGCCAUGGAGGGGGACACGGCGGUGGUGGCCACGGAGGUCACGGUGGAGGGGGCCACCCAGGGGACCACGGCAGGGGACAUCCAGGCGGUCAUCCAGGGGACCACAGCCGGGGACAUCCAGGUGGUCAUCCAGGGGACCACGGCCGGGGAUAUCCAGGGGACCACAGCAGGGGACAUCCAGGGGACCAUGGCAGAGGUCACCCAGGGGACCACGGCUGGGGGCACGGAGGCGGCCAUGGUGGAGAUAGGUCGAAGCGCCCCGUAUGUCGUCACUUCACCAUGAAAGGCAGCUGCAGAUACGAGAACAACUGUGCCUUCUACCACCCCGGCGUGAAUGGGCCACCCUUGCCCUAGCACAAGGAGCCCGCGUCCCUCUCCACCUAUCCUGACUGUGGCAUCUGGCGCACAUUCCCAUUGACCUUGAACUCUGCUGAUGCUGCGCCUGUUUUUUAUGGCUUCCGUGAGGCCCUUUAAAAUGCUUGGAGCAAGGGAAUGUGGCUACUUCCUCCUUCCGCAUCUGCUGCUACUGACGAACUGACGCACCCUCAAAAGAGAAACUGUUGGGAGGCCUCUUUUCCCCCCCUCCCCAUCUGGGGGGUGGGGGUGAGGCAACCAAUGACUUUUAAAGCACAAGAGACUUGAAAGAGGGCGGUUGUGGUUUUUGUUUUUGUUUCGGUUUUUUUUGUUUAAAAAAAAAAACAGUUUAUGUAAAUAUUCCUAUGGAACCAGCAAAGGAAGGGGAUAUUGUUGCUCGCAGCCUUGAUUUGACUGGGCGGUGUUCUUCAACUUCCCAGGAACCAGACCGGUACUGAAUGAAUUGCUUUGGUCUGGAGGAAGAGCUGGCAUCGGCAGGAAAAUGGUCCUUUUUUAGGAACACAAUGUGUGUGAGGCAGGGGAAGAGGGUGCAGCAACUGCUUGUGCAUCAUUCUGGGAGAUCCAAUGGCCGGAAAUCCAUUUGAUCCUGGCUAAAAGGCCCACUGGGAGAACGGGGAAUUCCAGCAGCCGCCAUUUGCACACAUACCCUCUUGAAGCAGGAUGCCCCAACUGCCCCUUUGUAAAAUACUCCUUGCAGUGCCCUAUGUUGAACUGCACAGAUGUGGUUUCCCUUGGUGCUAAGUCUGCCAUUGGGAGAAACCUACAAACUGUUUUCUGUGAAAACUCAAAUCUGGAGACUAAUGGUUUAAAGGGGUAACUUUUGUUUUCCUGAUUUACAUUGUUGGUUGUGGGUGUUUGUUUGUUUUUAAACGGUCUCAUAAGAUGUGGACUCUCACAACAUCUUCCCAUCUCCCCUCAUCCUGAAGUGGGUGCAGCAACCUCUCUCCUGAGGGGGAACAAAAUGUCUCGCUCUAAGUUUUGUAUAUUUUGUACAUUAGUAA